AUGAGCCACCAAGUUUUAAGAUAUCUCCUAGAAAAAAUGCAACAAGAACAAUCCUACGUGAUGGAGUACAUAAAAUGUAUGGAAGAGACGAUACAGAAUAAUUUGACGAGUUUGAGGUACUUUCAGCUGCAAUACGAUAAUAAUUCCAAGGCGAUUUUAGACGAAGCUGAGAGAUUAUUACAUGGAGACGAAAAUUUUGAAGAGCAGGAAACAGUGUCUAAUGAUUCUGACUAUGACAGUGACGGUGGCAAUUUACUAAUUGUUGUUAAUAAUAAUCAUCAUCUAAGGGGUCAUGAAGAACCUCAUGAUGAGGAAGUUAUUGCUGAGGAACCAGAGUAUUUGGAAGAACCUUUAGAAAACAAAGAUUUAGAGGAACCUAUUGCAUCACCCAGCAUAGAAAAAGAACCUACCCUAGAAGUCAAAAUACCAAUUGAAGAAAUAGAUCAACCAUGUUCUUUAGAAAACAACGAUGAUAUAGUUUUAGAGGAACCUAUUGCAUCACCCAGCAUUGAAAAAGAACCUACCCUAGAAGUCAAAAUACCAAUUGAAGAAAUAGAUCAACCUAGACUACUGUAUAUACCAAAAAACAUAGAGGCCACCGAGCAACAAGAAGACGAAGAAGACCUUAUAGAACACAUCGCCAAAAAGCGCAAGCUAGAUCCAUUUAACAUAAUCGCCCUGGGUUACAAUGGUACAACUCUAUCAAAGAACGAAUACAACUCCAUGGACUUGGGCAGCUAUACUAAAACUACGAGGCGAUUGUUAGAUAUAUUUUUUUCCAAGAAAGUUCUUGCAUCAUCUUCUUUGUCGGGUCGUCCCAGUCCCGCUUACUUUAAUGACGGCAAAACUAUAAAAAAACCUUUAAACAAAUCUAUUAUCGAAGACAUUGUUACUUUCGUAGCAGAAAAAUGCGAUGUUUUACCAAGACUGGUGAGGCAAGCUAUUACACAGAAGUGUGCUGAUGAAGUAAAGCAACUGAGGAAGCAAAGAGAAGUUUAA